UUUUUGAUCGUUUUCGGAAUCAUUUUAGGCUUUGCCGACCCCAUCACUGAUAUUCUCACACUUGUGGAAUUCUACCGCGAGGAUCACAAGACAUGGUUCGGUGUAGGGCUCCCUUUCGUCUUUUUGCCCUGUUUUGUGUUUUUACGGACUUAUUAUGUUUUAAACAAAUCUGAAUUGAAAAAGGUCAGCAUUGCUAGGAGGUGCACGCAAGUUAUCCUUUGCGCUGCAAAUCCAUUCUUUCCAGCCUUUCUAAAACUGCAAACACUGUUUUCCUACCUGAAGAAAUUUACGAAUUUCUGGCGUGGCAAUAAUGUUUCAGGAAUCGAUUCAGGAAAUAGUGACGAAGAAGCUCAUGUUGAUCUAUUGCAUCAGAGCAAUGUCGCGGUUCUGUUUGAGGGCACUCUUGAAGCAGCUCCUCAGUUUAUUAUUCAGCUGUACGCCAUGGUUGUUCAACAGGAAUCCGUGACGAUCGUUCAAAUGGUUUCCCUGCCCGUGUCUUUCCUCAGCUUGGCUUGGGCGUCGACUGUUGGCGAUGAGUUCAUUCACUACAAUGCAGGUGGCACUAAUGCGAAGCGAAAUUUAAUACACAGACUACUUCGCUUUACAACGCAUGUAUUCCUUUUGAGCAGUCGACUGUUUGCCAUCGCGUUGUUCGCCGUACGUUACAAGUGGUGGAUUACCAAAGUCUUGAUCCUCCAUUCUAUGGCGAUAGUGGUCUGUGACAUCAUCUGGUUUUAUCCCCGAACACAGUGUAAUGCGAAAGCACUGGAAGCUGCUCGUUUAAUAGCUUCCUAUUUCUGCCUCCACUGGCUGCGAGAUGACAUAGCAGUAAGAAUACAUGAGGUACCGAGAGAAAAUCGAAAGAAAGAACUGAGAAUUAUGCAGUUGAUCUCCAACGUACUGUUUGUGAUAGAAAACAUCACCAUGAUCCUGUUGUUUUAUUUCCCUCAUUUCCCUCACACCUGGUACUCCUUGCCAGUCACCAUCUGUGUCUGUGUGUUUGCUGUUCUUGGAGCCAUAAUGAGACUUAGUCAUUUUUAUUUUUUAUCGAAAGAGUUAAAUAAUAAUAAUGACUUUUAUGUUUAACUAACUUGCUAAUAAUUACUCUGGUAGCCUAAUCUAAUUCGAGAGAGUACUGAUGUCAGUUGGGACGAAAGUUCUGUUCUCACCAGCCACAGAGUAGUUCAAAAGCUUCACAAGAGCAAUGCAAAUGUUCUAAAGCGUUCUGUUUGCGAUGGGAAUUAUCAUCAUGUUCCUUUUUUUUUUCUUUUCUUUCCGGGUUCGGAGCAACUUCAGUCACUGUUAACGAAGGAAUAAAAUAAUGCUGACAAAGUAUUUAGUAUUUUAACGCAAUCGAGAAGCUGGAAAAUGAAACGAUAGAUGACAGCAUGAACUUGGAUUGGAACACCUCAAAUUAGUUGUGCAUGAUCUGUGAUCAUAAUGUAUUCCGAAUCAGAGCAACCGUAUUAUAUCCUGUAACCUGAUAAUCCUUCCAGUCAUGUUAUAUUGAUUUACUGUGUUUUUUCUUUUUGGUUUUUUACCGUACUUGUACAUGUUUAUUUUUAGUAAUAUUGGCGAAUUGAUUAGUCUAAACUAGACCAAACUAAACUGGACUAGACUCGGACUCGGUAGACUAGACUCGACUAUAGACAAAACCAAACUAGUAAGCUGAAAAUAAACUUGUAGCUCUCUCUAAGUACGUACCGAAAAUAAAACUCUAAAUCGCUGUUUUAUCGAGUCAUUUUUUCUUGUAUUCUUGAUCAUGCACGCAUGUAGUCUGCAUGUAUAUCAAAUAAAUAGGAACCUUCUGUGGUUUUUUUCAACUUUUCGCAUGGCCAGUCAGGGAAAACCCGUCGACAUCACUUGAAAGAGCGCCUUAAAAUUAGUAAAAUUGUCAAAUUUAAAAGUUACACGUCUAAAGCGAACGAAGAUAUAACUUCCGGGGAAGCAAAGUUUCGAAAAUGUUUAAACGUUUGUAUGGUGGGGGGCUUGUUUGUGCCCCCCACGCAGUAAGUAAGGUGAAAGAAAGACACUGACUUUCACAGAAAUAGUUACCAUAAGGAACAUAAGGGAGGUUCCUGAUGAGCAACCCAACCCCAGUGCAGCUGAAUUAGGAGCCAGGGAGCAACAAUACAUGCUAGACGAAACAUUUCUAACGAAAGUACGUCAGGUAAUCGUUUGUGCCAAGAGUUAUGUAAUGUAACCGUGUAAGUAUUGUUUCGUUAACGAAUAACGCUGCAUUUAGCGCCAGAGAACAAGUGUACCAUCAUCUGCAACAAACCACUAGGUGGUUAAAUCAUUGUGGACAAAAGGUGUAUAUGAAAAUUAAAAGUUUGUUGCCAUGCUAGCGAGGAACAGAGCAGGCACAAUCAAAAUCAUCUUGGUCUUAUUCUAUGAAACUUCUCUUCAUACUCAGAAGAAAUUCUUCGCCAAACUUUUCAACUUUGCUCUUACUCGCAGUCGGCGUUUUACAAAGUGCUUAAAGCAAUGUGUUCACAAAUGUAGCCAUCGUACGGACACGUUAAAUUAUAUCAGGCAGGUCGCCCGAAUGAUAACAAUGCUUUUCAAUCAAUACUUCAGUGGGCACGGGUAAUGAAUUCAAAUAUUGGCUUAGAGGUGUAUAGCCAAUAGUCGGAGCGAUCUUGUAGGAGAGGCGAUGGUGAGCCGCUUGAAUUCAGAAAUGAUUUUCUAAUACCAGAUUAUUUUCAGAUAAAUUUUAGACCGCGACCUUAAAAAACCUCAAGUUAUCACAGCUUUUAACAAAACAGCAAAUAUGAAGUUAUCAUACAGUCCUUAAUGAGCUAUGACCAUGGCAACAUACGAGUCAUGAGCCACAAAAACGCCCCGGGAUCAAAAUUAUGAUAAUGCUCUGUUUUGCGUGAAAAGUUUUAGACAAAACCAAUCUGACAGAGACGGCUUUGGUUUAAAAGUUUCCUAACAGAUUGACCGACCUUAUCCAAGAAGCUAUUCGUUGCCUGCAAAUCAGCGGAACAGGUUUCUAAGAUUAGCCGCACAACGGUUCCACUAUCUUAAAACACCGUUUAAAAAUGUUUUCUCCUGAACAGUUCAGGUUUGUUAUAGUGUUUCAUUUAAGGGUCUCCAUGGGGUAAAAACAGCAUCACCCGCACAGCCCUACAUUGGACACCAGAAGGAAAACGCAAGCGGGGACGACCCAAGAACACCAGGCGUGGGACUGUGCAAGGGGAGCUCAAGACCCUACAGCACACCUGGGGAAUCAUUCAGAAGCUGGCCCAGAACAGACAGGAGUGGUGAUCCUUUGUUGCUGCCCUACAUACCUGACGGUAUUCAUGGGCAUGAGUGAGUGAGUGAGUGAGUGAGUGAGUGAUAGUGUUUCAGUUACUCGGGUCUCCAUAAGGUGAAAACGCAAAAGUAGAAAUUGUACGUCCCCAGCGAAUACUGUACCCCCAAUUUUCAACUGCUUUUGAAAGUUGUAUCCCCCACCCUCCCCCGUAUAUAUAAUUAAUCAGAGGCGCUUUGUAUGUAACCAAAAAUUCCCGCGGUUUCUUGAAAUCUCGGAAAUUCCACGUUCCCAAAAGAACGGUACAUUACGACGCAAUUCAAGGUAUUGUACCGUGCGUUUGGUUAUCAUACUUGUAAGCAGGAUACAGAAGAGCGGUACUAGGUACAACAAUUUGGCAUAUGGAAAGGAGCCCAGUAGGACCGAUCAAAUUAGACCAUCUUCAAAAAUGUUCCCAAAUAUUCCGGUCGGACCAAACCGAAAUGAUCCGUUCCAUUUGUUUUCUAACCGAAAUUUCCGCAAUUUUGGGCUGAAUAGAAAGCGCCCAACAGUUUUUUAUGAUGAUUUAUGAUCACACGUCACUGGGUCUGGAUCUCUUUUACGUGAGCUGAAUUUGUUAAAACACUGAUUCUCUUUUGUAACAAUAAAUGAAGUCAGGAGCUGAUGAAGUCCAAAACUGAUGAACUGCCAUUCACUACGAACUUCCAUUUCAAUUCAAUACCGUAUUUAUUCUAUUAACCACCGCGGCGUUUAUUACGUUUUUAGCGUUUCCAAUACGGUUUUUAAUCAAGGGCGGCGUUUCUUGAUAAUUUUGCUUCCAUCUGCGGCGUUUAUUCGAGGACGGCGUUUAAUCGAAAAAAUACAGUAACUGCAUUUUAUGGGUCACAGUUCACAACGUUCCGUCAAUGAGACAGGAAGUUCUUUAACCUGAGUGUGUAACGCAACCUGCGAUCAGACGUUCUUUUUCGGGGAAAAAGGAAAGAAGGACCGCAUGAUCGCAGGUUAGACGUUGUUAGCCUACGAGGGCACCUGAUUGCUUGGAAGUUCUUUAUUGUUUUGUGCAGUCAGCAGCCGAGUCAGAAAGGUCGAAGUAAUGGCGGAAAAGGAACUCAAAUGGUACAGCAUCUUCGUGGUUCUCUUUGGAACCAUUUUAAGCAUUGCCGACCCUGUCACUGAUAUUCUUACACUGGUGGAAUUCUACCGCGCAGAUCACAAGACGUGGUUCGGUGUGGGGUUUACAUUCAUUAUUUUGCCAAGUUUUUUUUUUCUCGUUAUUAACUUAGGAGCAAGACGAAGAGGGAAGGAAGAGGGCCAGUUUAAGGCUUGGCUGAAAUACACACAUAUUUUAGUCAUUGGCUUCAAUCCAUUCCUUCCGGCCUGGCUGAAACUGCGAACGCUUUUUUUCUACCUAACGAAGUUACUAAAACUGAGGCAAGAUAGUGACACCCAUCAAAUGGUUGAAAACUUGGACCAGUUGGAUAAGGUACUGAAGUCAAGCAAAUUCGCUGUUCUGGCCGAGGCCGCUCUUGAAUCAGCUCCUCAGUUUAUUAUUCAGCUGUACGCCAUGGUUGUUCAACAGGAAUCCGUGACGAUCGUUCAAAUGGUUUCCCUGCCCGUGUCUUUCCUCAGCUUGGCUUGGGCGUCUAUUGUCGCCUGA